ACUUCAAUCGGCGUGCUCAUUUGAACAAGAAGAACCGCUACGAAGCACACGGGUGGAGAGCGGCCCAGUACGAUAAUUCAACUUUCAAGUCAAUAUUGAUGGAGUGGCAGCCAGAUGAGCAGGGACUUCAGCAGGUCCUCCAACUGCUCAAAGACUCUCAGUCGCCCAACACAGUCACGCAGAGAGCAGUCCAACAAAAACUUGAACAACUCAACCAAUUCCCCGACUUCAACAACUAUCUCAUCUUUGUUCUCACGCGACUCAAAACUGAAGACGAGCCGACUCGCUCUCUGAGUGGUCUCAUACUGAAGAACAAUGUUAAGGCCCACUACCAGAACUUCCCCCCGACUGUUGCUGACUUCAUCAAGCAGGAAUGUCUCAACAACAUCGGUGACCCCUCGCCACUCAUUCGCGCCACCAUCGGCAUCCUGAUCACGACCAUCUCCUCCAAGGGAGAACUACAAACAUGGCCUGAGCUGCUGCCUCAGCUCUGCAACUUGCUCAACUCUGAGGACUACAACACCUGCGAGGGCUCAUUUGGAGCACUGCAGAAGAUCUGCGAGGAUUCGUCGGAGCUGCUGGACAGCGACGCUCUGAACAGACCUCUCAACAUUAUGAUACCAAAAUUCCUCCAGUUCUUCAAGCACUGCAGCCCCAAGAUUAGGUCCCAUGCCAUCGCCUGUGUGAACCAGUUCAUCAUCGGCAGAGCCCAGGCCCUGAUGGACAACAUCGACACCUUCAUAGAGAGCUUGUUUGCGCUGGCAGCAGAUGAGGACUCUGAGGUUCGAAAGAACGUGUGCCGAGCCCUGGUCAUGCUGCUGGAGGUCCGCAUAGACCGCCUCAUCCCCCACAUGCACAGCAUCAUCCAGUACAUGCUGCAGAGAACCCAGGACCCCGAUGAGAACGUGGCCCUGGAGGCCUGCGAGUUCUGGCUGACUUUAGCAGAGCAACCCAUCUGUAAGGAGAUGCUGUCUGGACACCUGGUGCAACUAACGCCUAUCCUGGUAAAUGGGAUGAAGUAUUCUGAAAUUGACAUCAUACUAUUAAAGGGGGAUGUAGAGGAGGACGAGGCGGUACCAGAUAGUGACCAGGACAUCAAGCCCCGUUUCCACAAGUCGCGCACCGUCACCCUGCAGCACGAAGGAGGCGAGGACGAGGAGGGCGAGGACAACGACGACGACGAUGAUGACGACGACGACACGCUGUCGGACUGGAACCUUCGGAAGUGUUCCGCUGCAGCACUGGAUGUGCUCGCAAACGUGUUCCGCGACGACCUGUUGCCCCACCUCCUGCCGCUCUUGAAAGGCCUGCUCUUCCACCCCGACUGGGUCAUCAAGGAGUCUGGCAUCCUGGUCCUGGGGGCCAUAGCUGAGGGCUGCAUGCAGGGCAUGGUGCCCUACCUGCCAGAGCUGAUGCCCCACCUCAUCCAGUGUCUAUGCGACAAAAAGGCCCUGGUACGCUCCAUUGCCUGCUGGACCCUGAGUCGCUAUGCACACUGGGUGGUCUCUCAGCCCCCAGACUCGUACCUCAAACCCCUUAUGACGGAGCUUCUUAAACGCAUCUUGGACGGCAACAAGAGGGUGCAAGAGGCUGCUUGCAGUGCGUUUGCCACCCUGGAGGAGGAGGCGUGCACAGAGCUGGUGCCCUACCUGAGCUUCAUCCUGGACACACUGGUGUUUGCCUUUGGGAAGUACCAGCACAAGAAUCUCCUCAUUCUCUACGAUGCCAUAGGAACUCUAGCGGACUCAGUGGGCCACCACCUCAAUCAGGAAGAGUACAUUCAGAAGUUGAUGCCCCCCCUUAUUGCCAAGUGGAACGAGCUGAAAGACGAAGACAAGGAUCUCUUCCCAUUGCUAGAGUGUCUGUCGUCUGUAGCUACCGCCCUGCAGAGUGGGUUUCUGCCUUACUGUGAGCCCGUCUAUCAGCGCUGUGUCACGCUAGUCCAGAAGACGCUAGCUCAGGCUAUGAUGUACAACCAGCAUCCAGACCAGUACGAGGCUCCUGACAAGGACUUCAUGAUCGUUGCUUUGGAUCUGCUGAGCGGCCUGGCGGAGGGUUUGGGGGCUCAUGUGGAACAGCUGGUGGCCCGCUCCAACAUCAUGACUCUGCUUUUCCAAUGCAUGCAGGAUACUAUGCCUGAGGUGAGGCAAAGCUCCUUCGCUCUGCUGGGGGAUCUAACCAAGGCGUGCUUCCUCCAUGUGAAGCCCUGCAUUGCUGAGUUCAUGCCCAUCCUGGGGCUCAACCUGAACCCAGAGUUUAUCUCGGUGUGCAACAACGCCACCUGGGCCAUCGGAGAGAUCUCCAUGCAAAUGGGUGCGGAGAUGCAGCCCUAUGUGGGCAUGGUUCUGCCACACCUGGUGGAGAUCAUCAAUCGGCCCAACACACCCAAGACUUUACUGGAAAACACAGCCAUUACGAUUGGCCGACUGGGUUACGUCUGCCCCCAAGAAGUUGCCCCACAGCUGCAGCAAUUCAUUCGACCAUGGUGCACGUCGUUGAGGAAUAUCAGAGAUAAUGAGGAGAAGGACUCGGCCUUCAGGGGAAUCUGUGUGAUGAUCGGCGUCAACCCUGCAGGAGUGGUGCAGGACUUCAUUUUCUUCUGUGACGCCGUGGCCUCGUGGGUCAACCCCAAGGAAGACCUGAGAGACAUGUUUUAUAAGAUCUUGCAUGGCUUCAAGGACCAGGUAGGAGAAGAGAACUGGCAGCAGUUCUCAGAGCAGUUCCCUCCUCUGUUAAAGGAGCGCCUGUCGGCCUGCUACGGUGUCUAACCCAACCUCCUCCUUGUCCACACAGGACACCAACCUGUUAGGUUAAUGUAGGGGAGGGUAACUGGGGAACUCAUUGCACUGCCCAGAUCGUGGGGAGAAACCAGAGCUGGAGGGAUGUGACUGGCCUUGUGACCCUCCACUCAGCGGAUGGCCUCCUUUCCCCCUGUGUGUCUCUCUGAGGGUGGGACGAGGGUGGUGGGUGUGGGAGGGUAAACUGGGGAUAUACAUAUACCUCUGGGAUUAAACGCCUCACUAAAUCCAACACACUCUAAAGUGACUUUCGCCAACAGCACCGCAGGAAUCUUAGCUAGGUGAGGGCAAAAAAAAAAAAAAA